AUGUUCGGUCGUUCCAGAAGUGGCCUCUGCAACAUCUUGCACAUGCUGGACCUCAUUUACUCCAACUUUGCCGAAAUCGUAUAUCUCGACCGGGACCGCAUUUGUACCAAAUUGAUGGAGUUCAGCCAAGCCGUCAUGGCCAAGGGUGCAGAAGUCGAGAACGUCUGGGCAUUCAUUGAUGGGACCGUGCGCGAAUGCUGUCGGCCAGAUGGAAAUGAAAGACAACGGACUGUGUUUAAUGGACACAAGCGACGCCACGCCAUGAAAUAUGAAACCCUUGUGGCACCCGAUGGUACGAUUGCACAUGCAUUUGGACCUAUCGAAGGUCGGCGCCAUGAUCUGGUCAUUUCGCGUCAAUCCAACUUGGAAAAUAUCAUUGCCAAUAAUGACCAGUUUCGAGGAUUUGUCGUCUAUGGAGACCCAGCCUACGGCUAUUCCAACCAGUUGGCCUCUCCGUUUGGCGGAGCUUGUUUGACAGAUCCUCAAAAGCAAGUGAACAAAAGCAUGAGUCGGGUGCGAAUAAGUGUGGAGUGGUCACUUGGACAGGUUUUACAGUAA